UGAUGGAAGUCUGGAUGAGUUCUUUGAGCAUGAAAACCAGGCAUGUCCACCAGCAUUGUUGCAAUGGGCAAGCUGAGAACUGGUACCAAGUGUUUGGUCCUCCAAACACAGGCUGUUUGGAGGACCUGAUUCCUUCACAAGAGAAUGUGUCCAACCCCACAGAACAAGUCAUCAUACUUGAUGGGGCUGCUCUUGUGAACAUGCUACGACCUGGUGCUGCUAAGACAUUUUCUGACUAUGCACAGAAAGUGUUCUCACCACACAUCCUGUUUCAGCUGGAGCAUGUCAGCAGAGUGGAUGUUGUGUGGCAUGAAUAUUUCCUUGAAAGUCUGAAGGCCAAAACUCGAGAAGGAAGGGAGUUGCAGACGCGUUGAGCCAUCCAGUGCCAUACCUGGAAACUGGGCAGAGUUUCUAUGCAUCGACAACAACAAGGCUGAACUGUUUUCCUUCUUGGCAACUAGUGUGGAAACCCUCAACACUGGAAAACAAACAAUCAGCACCUGCCAUGCUGAAGCCCUCUGUACUCAGCCUCGAGAUAUAUCAGGUCUUGCACCAUGCACACAUCAGGAGGCUGAUACCUGCAUCCUACUGCACCUAGGAGAUGCUCUGAAGGAAGGGUAUAACAAGGUGUCAAUACGCACAGUUGACAUGGACGUGCUAGUACUGGUGACAGCAGCCCAAUCCCUCAACAUCAGUGAGCUGUGGGUUGCCUUUGGAGCUGGGAAGAGUUUUCAGCAUUUAGCAGCUCAUGAGAUGGCGAGGGCACUAGGUCCAGAUCGAUGCAUAGCCUUACCAAUGUUCCAUGCCUUUACUGGAUGUGACACAGUGUCAUCUUUUGGUGGCAGGGGAAAGAAGACGGCGUGGGGUACAUGGAUGACCUUUGAUGAUGUCGCUAGAGCCUUCUGUGCCUUGGCUGCCACCUCAGACUCCAUAGACAACUGGAUAGAGCCUCUGGAGCUAUUUGUGGUAUUGCUGUAUGACCGUACUAGCAGCCAGGAAUCAGUUAAUCAGGCACGCAAGCAGCUCUUCACCCAGAAAGGGAGAGCCCUGAGUCCACUUUUGAGGUGUAUCUGGAAGUAGUCCACCCAGGCACACACAGCUCUGGGCCGGAGGUGCGAAGGCAGUUCCCUGAAGACUACACAGACCAGGAAACUCUUCAGACUGUGCCCAAGUUCUGCUUUCCCUUCAGCAUGGACAGUCUGACAGCAAAUCAAGUCGGCCAGAACUUCACAUUUGUGUUGACUGAUAUCGAGAGCAAACAGAGAUUUGGCUUCUGUCGCCUCUCCUCAGGAGCCCAUACCUGCUAUUGUUUUCUCAGCUACCUGCCCUGGUUUGAAGUCUUCUACAAGCUGCUUAAUAUUCUUGCAGAUUACACCAUCAAAGGCCAGGAAAGUCAGUGGCAAGAGAUCCUGGUGUCACUACAUACACUCCCCAUCCCUGAGCCAGGGGUCCCUGUUCAUCUUGGUGUGCAUUCCUUCUUCACUGUGCCUGACACAAGGGAACUCCCUAGCAUACCUGAGAAGAGAAACCUAACAGAGUACUUUGUAGCAGUAGAUGUCAAUAACAUGCUUCAUCUGUACGCUAGUAUGCUUUAUGAACGUCGAAUCCUCAUCUGCUGUAGCAAACUAAGCACUUUAACAGCUUGUGUCCAUGGGUCGACAGACAUGUUAUAUCCAAUGCACUGGCAACAUGUUUACAUUCCUGUCCUGCCUCAACACCUAUUAGACUACUGCUGUGCCCCAAUGCCCUACCUCAUCGGAGUACAUUCCAGCCUGAUGGAGAAAGUUCGAGGGAUGGCUCUGGAUGAUGUGGUGGUCCUGAACGUGGACACAAACACCCUGGAUACACCCUAUGAUGACCUCCAAAGCCUGCCCAAUGAUGUGGUCUCAUCUUUGAAGAGUCGUUUGAGGAAGGUUUCAACAACAACUGGGGACGGUGUGGCUCGAGCCUUCCUUAAGAGUCAGGCGGCUCUGUUUGGCAGCUACAGAAACGCUCUGCAGUUUGAGGCGGGAGAGCCAAUAACAUUUAAUGAGGAAACCUUUGUGAGCCAUCGUUCCAGUGCCAUGAGACAGUUCCUCCAGAAUGCCAUUCAGCUGCAGCUCUUCAAACAGUUCAUUGACGGCCGAUUGGACCUGUUAAACUCAGGAGAGGGUUUCAGUGACAUCUUUGAAGAGGAGAUUAACAUGGGAGAAUAUGCAGGCAGUGACAAGACCUACCACCAGUGGCUGUUCACUGUGAAGAAAGGGGGCGGUGCUAUCUUCAACACAGUGAAGACCAAAGCAAACCCAGCCAUGAAGACCGUUUACAAGUUUGCCAAGGACCAUGCAAAAAUGCGUAUCAAGGAAGUCAAGAGCCGGCUUAAACAGAAGGAGCAGGCAGAAAACGGCUUUUCCACAGCAGGGUCAGCAGUCAUUGAUGACAACAGUACAGCAGGAUUUACAUCUUCCACCGGUGCAGUCAGGAGGGAAGGGCCACUGCGAACCUUGGAUGACCACAGGCCAAUCACUGUGCAUUUUGGACAGGCGCGGCCACCAAUGCUGUUGAAGAGACCAAGCAGCAAUGUGAGUCUGGAAAGCAGCAUUGACCACUCUAUCCGUCCUACUCGUCACUACACAGUCUUUCUGUCAGAGGAUUCGUCCGGAGACGAGCUCCAGUAUGAUGAUGACUCCAUCUCUGGGUUUCCUGACAGCUUUCUCUUCUCCGUCCCUUUUGAGUGGUCGCCUCUGCCACAGCCGUACCGCUCCCUGAAGGAGGUUGAUUUGAUAGAGGGGGACGGUCCUGGUUUUGGUGCAGAAAGUCACACUGCCCCUCCCAGCCCAGUUAAUGAGAAGUUCUCCAAUAUCAACCUGCUGGGGGACAUCUUUGGCUGCCAGGAUGAGCCUGACAGCCAACCAGUCACAUUGGCUAAAAGUCUCGAGGACCUGAGGACUCCCAAAAGCUCGGAGGAGCCCCAAGCCAAGUUCACCUACCAGCGGAUGGACCUGAAUGUGGGUGAACACUCACGAACACUUCCAGGCCUCAAGCUCUCCAACCCUUACAACAAGCUGUGGAGUACAGGGCAACACGAAACAGCCUUGCCCAUUUGUGUGACUACUCCUGUCCAACAUCCUGCGCUGAUGGAAGCCCACUCUCCGAGCCGUGAAAGCUCUGGCCCAGGCCCCGACUCUUUGGACCCUUCCAUCCUCCCGGUAAUCACAAUUCCACGUCCCCAUGGAAGGAAGACGCCUGAGCUUGGUACUGUGCUAGCACCCCCCACAGCCCAGUUGCGCUCUAAACCAGUAGGAGCUGGUGAGGGAGGGACUACAUCAGGCAGACAAGAGUUUAGGCAAGCUUUAAGCAUGACCAUAGAUAGAGACCUGCUGAAGCCCACCAAGGCUGCUGAGGACAGUAUAGAUCUGAUUAGCCUUCUGGACCCCCUUAACAGCUCAGUACCCACCAGCUCCACUUCAUUCAGUGACGGCAUUGAUAUUGGUGUGUCUUCAUCUUCUUGCAAACCAACACUACCACCCAGGUCUUACCCACAGGGCUUGCCUCCUUUCCCACUGCAUCCCCAAAUAUCACUCAACCCUUUUGCCCAGUCUCUUCAGCACACCUCCCCCCAAAUGCGUUACUCACCAACUGUGAGUGGGAAUCCUUUCAGUGCAGUCUACGGGCCUCCACCAGGCCCCUUUUUACACACUCCAGCCCGACCGCAAUCCUUUUCUACGCUACCAGGGCUCUACAGACAGCAUUCCCCAGGCAGUUCAACUCUGCCACCCAGCUAUGGACUGCUCCAGUCAGCCUUCCCCUCCUCAGUCGUCCCCCUGCCUCACUCCUCUGCCAGCAAUCUCGCUCUUAGCAGUCUGGCAGACUCCACAUCUGUCCCCAGUACAGCCAUGAACAUCCUGGCAAAGCCACUUUGUGCUGAGGGAGACAGCCAGAAGACUCAGGAUCCUUUUGGGGAUCUGCUAAAUAUGGCCAAGCCAGCUACUCCCCAGAAAAAGAAGGUGGAGGACCUUCGGAGGAGGUGGGAAACAUUUGACUAAAACCUGUGAAUAUGUACUGAGGUGCCCCUCUCUGUCACUACCCAAAUGUCCCUCACUGCUGUAUCAGGACCUUCUAUUGCAUUGAAUACUACAUUAACAAUAAUACACGCUACUCUGCUUAUGCAACUCACAAUAGCAGAAGAAUUCUUCAUCGUAAACUGAGGAAGUAAACAUUUGCUGAUUAGGCUUGGGUUAUUUCCCAUGCAGGGUAAUAUUAAGUGUACUUUGUGGACUUGAUUAAAGCAAUGUGACAUAGGGCUGUCACCUGCAGUCGGUUGGUUGAUAUGCUCUUGUCCGACCAAAUUCUCCUUGGUCAGAUUGUUGCUGGUGUUACUUUAAUAAGGCCAUGCGUCCACCAACACGUUUCUUUUCGCAGGUUAUAACAGCAGUUGUUGUUGUUCAGCACUUGUAUCCUCUGUGACGGUUGGUUUUUGUGGUCUUUACCCUGCCCCCUCUCCACUGUGAUUGGACAGCUGGUGAAAUUAAAGAGUGUAGUGUUUUACCCCAAGUUUAACUUGUUUCAUCUCUCAUUUUUAAUUAGAAGAUGGGUAUAUAAUCACAGAAGACAUUCAGUGUUGGAUUUAUCAUAAUGGAUGUAUUUUAUUAAGUCUCUAAAAGACACUGCAGUUCAAGGCUAGAUUACAGAGCUCCUGAAAGGGAUACGGUCACACCGGAGCCCUUAUUUGAGCGGCAGGAUGGCUAAUGUUAGCCUCUGAGCUAAAAUAGUAAGUCUCUGUCUCGCAUACAUCAUUACAAAGACACCUUGUAUGUGACAUUGUCAAACCCAGAGUUACUGUCUAUAUAGCAGUGAUACUCAAUUCACCACCCAUAGUUCAAAUCUGGCCCUGUUAAGGUGCCAGGAGCCCCUCCAGUCAUUUUCUAAUUCUCAGUGAAAAUAAAUGGAAUCACAUUUGGAAUUUCUUUUUGUACUUUUAAUGUAAGUAAUAGAGAUGCACUGGUCGGUCACCAGAAUCUGCCGAUUUUCAGUUUGAUCGACCGAUUUUUCAGUUUGUAAUUAAUGUGAUGUAAUAAGUGCAGCAUAGAAAAGCUAAUGCCAACCGCUUCAUGUAAGUGAAAUGAAAAUCCUAAAAUGAUAAGCGCAGUACUCCAGGUGGUAUAGUUAAAUAAAAACACAGAGUUGGGUGGUCUAACCUAGUUUGCUAGUUAGUCUGCUAAUUAGCUGAUCAGUCCAGAUAAUGAGCAGACUAAUGUUACUAGGGUAGUAGAUAAUAAGCUCAAAUGCUUAAAAGCUAAUGAUAACUGUUUUAUGUAAGUGAAAAUGUUAAAACAAUUAGCCUUAUAUACCAGGAGGUAUAGUUCAGUACGGUUCUUAUGAUAGAUUUGGUAGUUUAUUCCAUGGCACCAAAACAUUGUAAUUAAAAGGAAAGGAAAUCUCUUAUAAAUGAGGUGCCAAAGUCCAUUUAAAGAAAACAACAACAACAAAAAAACAUCAAAAUUGAGCUUGUUUAUUUAAAAAAAAGUGCCAGGAGAAGAUUCCCUGAACCCAUUGACAGAGAUACAGGCUAAGCCCCGGAUGUCUUAAAAUCAUUAAAAUACCCCUGCGCUCACCUGACGCGUGCAGAGCUGCAGCAAAUUGCCCCUGGCCUCCUGUCAUUUUGCUAAAGUAGCCCCCUGGCAAAGCAAGAUUUUUCUUUGUGACAGAUUUUUCAUCAGUCCUAACGUUUAGUGGUGAGGCAGACUUGCACUCACAGCUCACCUGGAUGCUCCCAGUGAUACAGUGUGCCAUUUAUUUUCAGAUAUUACAGUGGACAUCACAGUUAUUUUUCACUUAUCGCGUUCCACUUGCCUGAACACAGUUUACUUGCCCUGGGCAAGUGUUGAUGUCGAGUUCUGUGACAGGAAAAAAAUGUUUUGGUGGAAACACUACGCUACUAGGUAGAGUGCACUCACUGCACUGCAGUGAGUUAGUUAACCUAGAGAUAAUGUGGAGAUUUGUUUUCCCCAUCAACCAAUGGAUUGGUUGAAGAGUAGGUGAAUUUCAGUUGACCAAAACUUUCUUUGAUUGGUUAUAGUGACAUAAUGACUUGUGACAUAGUGAAUUUUGUCAGCCCACAGUUUGUUUGACUCUGCUGUUGGUCGCUCAAGGUAUGUUUGCUGACCCCAAUAGUUGAUACAGGUGUCAAAGAUCAUAACUUGAAAUUGGGAACUUUUCUUGCCAAAACAUUAGGUUGUAAGUAGUACAUUAAUGUACAAAAGCUUUUUUUUUUAUUGAUGUUUUACUUUUGUUCUAGACUAUAAUGACAUGACUUUCUUCUACUCUCAUGUGUUGCACAUAUGGAGUACAGUUGAACAAGUGCAUCAGAGAUGAUGUAUCAUUUAGUGGGACAGAAGGUCCUGACCCAGUAUGUAGGAAUGGUCAUGUGGUGACAACCUACACACACACACACACACACACACACACACACACACACACACACACACACCUCCCCUCCCCACUAUCAUUAGCUCUGCUGCUGACCAAUGACAAACAAGAGUGUGUGUGUGGUGAACAAAUGGGCAGUGUGGAUUGUUUCAUCAGCCAUCACUUGACUUUCCCACCAGUCUACCCAGGAAAUCCCGCUCAAAGCCGGCCUUGCUUCAAGAUGUUCAGAUGCCAACAGUUCUCAGCCCAUCACCACUCAUUAAAAAAUGCUUACAAAAUUCUUCACACAGCAGCCUCUUGUGUCAUCCAUCUCUAAUGACACCACAUUAGCGUAGUGCUCAGUAUAGAUCAGUAUAGGUUUGUGACUUUAAAAAUAGCACACAGUGUUUCCUGACUGACUCACAACAGCAUAUGUCUCAGUGAUGUCAACUUAUAAGAUUAGCUAGUAGCUAGUCUGCUAUAGUUAAUGAACAUCCUAAUGGCAUAAUGGUACUGUAGCUACAAAGUGUGGUGCAUCUCAAUCAUGCAGUUAAUUUACCUGUUUAUGUUUCUGAUUGUUUAAUGCACAGUGUGUUUGUUUAGUUCUUUUGGCCUUAGUGAUGAAUCUCUUUGUUGUCUUCUCUCACUGACCUAUGAAAAAAUGUUGCCUCCUACUGUUUUUUAAAAACAAACUUUUUAAGAAAACAUGCAAGCCUACAAUAGCCAGUCAUUCCCCUAAAUGAUUUGAAACAUUUCUGCCUGCUUAUAUAUAUGGGGACUCCGAAACACUUUAUUUCUGUUAUUUUAAAGGUUCCUUUUGCCUACUCUGCUGCUCAUUAAGCUCUCUAAUCAUUUCCUUCUGUUGGUUUUUGCCUUAGUCAAGAAUUUAUUUGUGUUUGAUGAUAAAUACUGACCUACUGAGUUACAGGCUGCUUACACAUUGUGAUGACAAGUGUACGGAGAGAACAAAGAUAAUGGUUCUGACUAUUUUGCCACCAGUUUCUAUUUCAGCUGUUCCAUCUUCUCCAGUAACAGAAAUUGUGUGUGUCACACCCUGUCAGCCUUUACUGCUUUCCAGGUGAUUUGGGGGCAUUUGUGUGUGGUGAAUGCCAAAAAGUCCUUUUUGCUUUAUAUUCCCAUGACAUUUAAUAUGGAAAUGUGUGGUCCCUGCCAAGUGAUUCCUGAUUAUUUUAACUUGUAAACCUCAUUUCUUCUUCUGGCAUAACCAUCAGAAAUUUCCACUUGCGCAACACCUUAUAUCCUUAAUAUUUUGGUGACUUUGACCUUUUCUUUAGCACCUCCAUCACACCAGAAUGUCCACUUGUACAAAAUAAAUAUUAAAAUCAUUAUCAAAUAUCAUAAUCCACAGCACUGGGCUCCUUUUUGUCUGGCUUUCUUUGGCAAAUGUACUAACUAACUAACUAACUCCCCUGUUAGCUGGGAGAUAUUGUCAAGCUAAGCUAACCCUGACAUGCUUGCUGAGGAUGGCAGUGGGUUUUGGCUGAAGGACAAUUAGAGCUCAUUUUCACUUAGUUUUAAUGCCAGCACGCAGAAGGCUGAAACAGGAAGUCCACUGGAGUCACCUGCUUUAAGGCGGCUGCCACAUCAUCCAUCUAUCCAUCCAUCCAUCCAUCCAUCCAUUUUCAUGCGCUUAUCUAGGGCCUGGUCAUGGAAUCAGCAGGCUGAGCAAAGUACUCUGGACGCCCCUCUCCCCAGCAAUGCUUUCCAGCGCUUCCUGGGGGAUCUCAAGGUGUUCCCAGGCUAGAUGAGACAUAUAAUCCCUCCAAGGUGUUCUGGGUCUACCCCAGGGCCUCCUACCAGUUGGACAUGCCCUGAAAACCUCUAACAGGAGCUGUCCAGGAGGAUCCUAAUCGGAUGCCUGAACCACCUCAACUGGCCCCUUUUGAUGUGAAGGAGCAGUGGCUCUACACUGAGCUCCCUCCAGAUGUCUGAGCUCCUCACCCUAUUUCCAAUGCUGAGCCCAUCCACCCUGCAGAGAAAGCUAAUUUCGGCCACUUUUAUCUGUAUUCUCAUUAUUUUGGUCACUACCCAAAGCUCAUGACCAUACAGUACAUAGACUGACUAGUAAAUCAAAAGCUUUGCCUUAUGGCUCAGCUCCCUCUUAAUCAUGACAGUCCAGCGCAGUGCCCACAUCACAACAGAGGCUGUGCCAAACUGCCAAUACGUCUCACGCUCGAUUUUUACCAUGGACCAUGGCCCAGAGAUAGAGCGGGUCAUCUACAAAUCAGAAGGUCAGUGGUUUGACCCCCGGCUCCUGCAAUCUGCAUGUUGAAGUAUCCUUGGGCAAGAUACUGAACCCCUAAUUGCUCCCAAUGGCUGUUUCAUCAGCGUGUGACUGCAUAUGAAUGGUUACUGAGUAGCAGGUGGCACCAUGUAUGGUAGUCUUGGCAACCAGUGUGUGACUGAGUGUGUAAAUGGGUAAAUGUGACAUGUAGUGUAAAAGCACUUUGAUUGGUCGGAAGACUAGAAAGGCACAAUACAAGUGCAGUCCAUUUACCAUAUUACAAGACCCCGAACUCCUUUGCUUGGGGCAGCAACUCUCUCCCAACCCAGAGGGGGCAAUCCACCAUUUCCAGCAGAGAACCUUGGCCUCAGACUUGGGGGUGUUGACUCUCAUCCCAGCCACUUCACAUUCGGCAGCAAACGGCAUUAAUUCAAAGGAAAAUGUGAGAAGUGUGUCUCUGUUGCUGGAUUCUGAUCCUCAGUCAGUUGCUGUGUGGAAGUUGUGUAGGAGCCCAGGUGACUUAAAGGGACAGUUCAGAUUUGUUGAAGUAGGGUUCUAUAGAUAAAUGGACCUGCGCUAGUCAUCCAACCACUCACAGCGCUUACACUACGAGCACACCUCCUGUUUAGCUUAGCAUGAUGAGAUAAAGCAGAAGGAAAUUGUUUCCCUGUGUCAGAAGUGUAAUUAUAGACCUAUCAGCAUUUCUUGCUUAAACUCAGCAGUCUUGUUUUACCAACACCAACUACUCCUUAAACCACAAAACUGAUUCUGGGCAAUGAAUAUACAAAAUGUUGCAUGCUAGAAUGACCCUACUAACAUCCAGUGGGGGUUAAUAAGGAUAUGUUAUUGUACACCUGACAAAGUUACAGCUAUCUCUGUUUUUAGAAAGAUUAAACUGUGGUGGAGAGAAAGGCGUAGAACAGAAAACAAUGUGGGUGACACACCUGAUAAGAUACAUACAGACGAUGUUCUGCUGUUCUUAACUAAACCUCAACUUAGGCUUCCUGUUAUUCUAGACCUAAUAAACUUGUUUUGAGCUUUUUCUGGGUACAUGAUUAAAUGGUCUUAAAGUGAGUUGGUGUCUUUUGAGUUGGAAGGUAUCCCUGAUACAACAUUUACCAUUUAAAAUUUCUUCUCACACUUCCACCUACCUUAGGAUUCCGAUCACUAAAAAAAUUUACUCUUUUUUUUUAAAGCUUUCUCCCUCUUGUGGCCAAAUUGCAGGCUAACAUUUAGUGUUUGAGAUCACUUCCUAUUUCACUAAUUGGGAGGACUAAAGCCUACAUUGUGUGACAUGGAUCUAAUGAACUUGGGUACGACAUAAUGUUUGAUUUAUGUAGACUGUAUGAUCAUAAAGCCUACUGACGCAUAGGCUAUAACGUACGUCCACUGUCAUCAAUACGCAAGAACAAAAUGUCAUUAGCAUGCGUCAUCCAUUGAGGUAGUGGUUGGAGAAAAAUAAAAACAAACAUGAAU